GGUUUGAAGCCUUCUGGGCCGGAGCUCAUAGCGUACGCCCGCUACUUGGGGAUCGACCCUGUCGCGGACCACGAUCUCUUGUGGAUAGCUGUAGAGGCCCUGGAAGCACCGCUUCCUUCCGACUGGACGGAGCAUUUCGACAGCAGUGACAGAGUGUUCUAUUACAAUGCGUCGACCAGAGUUAGCUCCUGGACGCAUCCGCUCGAGCACGUCUACCGAGAAACCUACAAUACCAUCGUGAACUUGCGCAACUCGAACAUGUCGGUGCAGGAACGAACGGAAGCCCUGUCAAAGCUACAGGCAGAGGUCCGACAGAUGGACCAGGAGACUCAGAAGGAGGUAGCAAAGUGGUCUGAACAUCAAGACGAGCAAGGCAACAGGUUCUAUUUCAACAAGGAGGAGAGACAAAGUACCUGGACAGAUCCACGGCCGGCCAAGUGCCAGGUCCUGUAUCUGAAGAUGAAGGCAUUCAGGAUACUGUCGAGUACAGCAGGAACGCCGGGCUUCGUGGAUCCCAGCAAGGAUUCCGCCAGCUCUCGGUAUGGUUCCAUGUUUGGUUCCGAGUAUGCCGAAACCCAGAUGAAGUCGAAGACGGACAAAAAGCCAUCCAGCGCCGCGAGCGACGAGGUCAUUGAUCUCUCCAGAGACGGACCUGAGGAGAAGACUUCGCCCAGGAUUUCAGAGCACUCUGCACAUAAUGGCAGCGACUCUGACAGCGAUGACAGAAAGAAGAAGAAAAAGAAGAAGAAGGACAAGAAGGAAAAAAAGAGCAAAAAAAUAAAGGAAGAGAAGCCCGUCGGCUCCCAGUCCGACCUUCCCGGGGCAAGGCCCCCAGCAGCUGCGACCUCCAGCAGCGCCACGGUCCCUGCGUCCGGCUCGGAGGACAACGCAGGGUUCGGUGAGCAUAACGAGGGGAUGACCGGCAAGGGCCAUGUGAAGGUGAAGGCAGGCAUCCGGCUGGAACCGUUGGGUGGCGGCUUGAAUCAAGGCAGCAGCCCCACUGCCAGCCCCGUAGCCAUAGACCGUCUGGAUGCCCGUGUUGGAGGUCUCCGUGGAGUUCCGUAA